AAAAAGCUAGGAAAGUUAAAAGGAGUUCAUGAAGAACACCAGCAACCUCCUCUUCAGCAGCCACCUAUACAGAGUCCAAAGGAAGAAACCACAUUCACAUCCCUACCAAAAGACACCUCUGUUUCCACAAACACAACUAUUGUUCCAAUCAUAUCUGCUGUAUCCCCUGGACUUACACUGUCAGCAACUGUGAUACUUGAAAAUAUAGAACCAGAAAUUGUGUAUGCGGGAUAUGACAGUUCACAGCCAGACACAGCAGAACACCUUCUAUCCAGCCUCAACCGAUUAGCUGGGAAACAGAUGAUCCAAGUGGUCAAAUGGGCAAAAGUGAUUCCAGGAUUUAGAAACCUGCCUCUUGAGGACCAAAUUACUUUAAUCCAGUACUCCUGGAUGUGCCUGUCGUCAUUUGCCUUGAGCUGGAGAUCCUAUAAACAUGCAAAUAGCCAAUACUUGUAUUUUGCACCAGACUUGAUAUUUAAUGAGUAA